AUGGUCAACUUUACCGUUGAUGAGGUUCGGGCCCUCAUGGACUACCCCGAGCAGAUCCGCAACAUGUCGGUGAUUGCGCACGUCGACCACGGUAAGUCGACGUUGUCGGACUCGCUCGUGGGCGCUGCUGGUAUCAUCAAGAUGGAGGAUGCCGGUGACAAGCGCAUCAUGGACACCCGUGCCGAUGAAAUUGCGCGUGGUAUCACCAUCAAGUCCACCGCCAUUUCCAUGCACUACCACGUGCCGCCGGAGAUGAUCAGCGACCUUGCCGAUGACAAGCGCGACUUCCUGAUCAACCUGAUCGACUCGCCCGGGCACGUUGACUUCAGUUCUGAGGUGACGGCGGCGCUCCGCGUGACAGACGGCGCCCUCGUUGUUGUCGACUGCGUGGAGGGCGUGUGUGUGCAGACGGAGACGGUGCUGCGCCAGGCGCUGACGGAGCGCAUCCGCCCGGUGGUGUUCAUCAACAAGGUGGACCGUGCCAUCCUGGAGCUUCAGCUGGACCCCGAGGAGGCGUACCAGGGCUUCGUCAAGACGCUGCAGAACGUGAACGUGGUGAUUGCGACGUACAACGACCCCGCAAUGGGUGACGUCCAGGUGUACCCCGACAAGGGCACCGUUGCCAUCGGCUCCGGUCUCCAGGCGUGGGCGUUCUCUGUCACGCGUUUCGCCAAGAUGUACGCGUCGAAGUUCGGUGUUGAUGAAUCGAAGAUGUGCGAGCGCCUGUGGGGUGACAACUUCUUCGACGCCAAGAACAAGAAGUGGAUCAAGAGCGAGACGAACGCNGUGUUGAUGAAUCGAAGAUGUGCGAGCGCCUGUGGGGUGACAACUUCUUCGACGCCAAGAACAAGAAGUGGAUCAAGAGCGAGACGAACGCCGCCGGUGAGCGCGUGCGCCGCGCGUUCUGCCAGUUCUGCCUGGACCCCAUCUACCAGAUCUUUGAUGCCGUGA